UCCAGAUUCUUACAUUCUGUACAUCUGAAUCAUAUGGAUGUUUAGGGUUUGGUCAGCAGAACAUGGGGUUUUCCUUUCAUUUUAAUGGCCAGGUUUCGUCAUGAUGCUGAACAAGUCGGUUACAUAAGAACUGAGUUAGGGGAGACAAGAGGGGAGACCAGAAACAAGAGGAGAGGAAAAGAUAGGACAGGAGAAAAAGGAAAGAAGAGGAGAGGAGAGAAGUUUAGAGGAGAGGAGAAAGGAAAGGUGAUAGGUGAGAACAGGAAAGGAGAGGGGAGCGAAGAAGCGGAAAGGAGAGAAGUUUAGAGGACAAGAAAGGACAAAAUAGUAGUGAAGUAGUGAGGAGGGGAGAGAAGGGAAGAGGAGAGGAGAGGAGAGGAUGAAAGCUCCAUGAGGUCUUGUGUGGAGCUAAAGAAACCCAUCUGGACUGUACCAGUGUGCGGGUGUGUACACAGUGCUGCUGCUGCUGCAGUCAGAGCAUCAAUUUUGUAUAGGAAAUGGCUGUUGAAGCAGCAGCAGCAGCAGCGCAGCAUCAGCAGCGCAGAAACGUCAGCCGUGGAGCACUUAAGCCUGAGGGUGCCUCUCCCUCCUAACCACAGGCUGACGGGAGGAGGAUUCCUGCCUUUUCUAUGUGCAAUGGGGGGGUGGGGGGAGUGCUGGCAGCACAACCAUGUCUGACUCCAGCGCUACAGGACUCAUCUGUAACAAGGGUUCAGCCGAUUCCUACACUAGUCGACCCUCUGAUUCCGACCUGUCCCUGGAGGAGGACCAGGAGGCGUCUCGGCGUGAAGCCGAGCGCCAGGCUCAGCUGCAGCUGGAGAGAGCCAAGUCCAAACCGGUAGCAUUUGCAGUGAAGACCAAUGUGAGUUAUUGUGGAGCUCUAGAUGAAGAUUGUCCGGUCCAAGGUGCUGCUAUCAACUUUGAAAACAAAGACUUUCUGCACAUUAAAGAGAAAUACAACAAUGACUGGUGGAUCGGUCGACUGGUGAAGGAAGGGGCAGAUAUCACUUUCAUCCCCAGCCCGGUCAAACUGGAAGCCAUGAGGAUAAAACAAGAGCAGAAAGCGGCAGCAAGGAAAGGAGGGAACGCUUCAUCAGGAGGCUGGAGGUCCACUCCACCAUCUGCAGCCAAACAGAAGCAGAAGCAGACUGAACAUGUUCCUCCUUAUGACGUGGUUCCAUCUAUGAGACCAGUGGUGCUGGUGGGACCUUCACUGAAAGGAUACGAGGUAACUGACAUGAUGCAGAAAGCCUUGUUUGACUUCCUGAAGCACAGAUUUGACGGCAGGAUCUCCAUCACACGGGUGACUGCUGAUCUGUCGCUGGCAAAAAGAUCAGUGCUGAACAAGAAGGCCAUCAUGGAGAGAUCCAACACACGCUCCAGUCUGGCCGAGGUUCAGAGUGAGAUCGAGAGGAUUUUCGAACUGGCCAAGUCUCUUCAGCUGGUCGUCCUCGACGCGGACACCAUCAACCAUCCAGCACAGCUCCUAAAGACAUCUCUGGCUCCCAUUAUUGUAUAUGUGAAAGUAUCUUCACCAAAGGUUCUCCAGAGGCUGAUCAAAUCACGAGGGAAGUCACAAAGCAAACACCUCAACGUUCAGAUGAUGGCCGGGGACAAACUCGCUCAGUGCCCACCUGAGAUGUUCGACGUCAUCCUGGAUGAAAACCAGCUGGACGACGCAUGCGAACACUUGGCAGAGUAUCUGGAAAUUUACUGGAGGGCGACGCACCUUCCCUGUUCUGCCCCUGUCAACCCUGUACUGGACCAAAGUGUGAUUACUCCUCCCUCAGCUAACUCCAGCCAACAGUUUUCUGAAACUCAAGAGUUGAUAGAAUGAUCACUCGCCCUAACAAGCAGCAGCUUAUGCUGUUAGUUGGGUUAAGGCUGGGAAAUCAUUGAGCACCGGGACCAGGGCGCCACCAGGGGGCAGCAGUAGCCGCCCUCAUCUCUCCAAAGUCAGCCACCACCUUCUCUAACCACGCCCAGAGCAAAGAAGAGAGAAAGAGCAAAGUGUGACGACAGAGAAAAAAAGGAAGGUUGGUUAUCUCGAGGAGGAGAAACACGAAGAAGAAGAGGAGCAAGAGGACGGAGGAGGAAGAUCCGACCAGCACCACCUCACUGCUGCCCCCUCGACCACAGCUCCCUGCUCCCACUGCCGUGCAACAACUCAGGGCCGCUUUCUACAGCUGCACGUUCGCUGGUAACACAAACCAGUACAAAAGUGCAGACACUGCACAUCACAUUCCCUUCAUACUCUGAAAUUUGAACCUUGUUCUUAAUUCCCUCAUAACACCGUAAACACCGUCAUCCAUCCACCUGACGAGGCUGAGCCGGCCCAUGUGUGUACAGGUUUCCUAAAUGCAGAUCAGCUGAAUCAGGUCUCCUUACAUUAUUGUAGCACAGACUAGCUGUUAGUUGAACACAAGACAGGUCAACAGACCAAUUCCAGGUUUUCAGGGUGACACUCUGACUUCAGAGAGCACAGAGUAAAACAGAGGAAAGUCUAUACUGUAUAUCUUCCAAGUCUACAGAGUACUGUGAGCUGUCAUUCCAAAUUACUUUUACUAAAAUCACUGAGAGUACUCUUCCAAUCAUUAUUCCAUCAGCAGUUUAUUUUUUAUUUUAUUUUAUCUAUUUUUUACUCCUUGUAUUCUUUUACAGUGAAAGCCAACAGGUUAAUAUUUACAGUAAUGUAAUCAACUGACCUUUUUCUAGCCAGUAACAGAGCAGCAGGUAAAAUAAUAUCAAGUACAUGUCAGUUUUUCUAAGUACAAUUUACAAAGUUUUUAAAGGUGUUUAUUUUUACCAGAUGUCAAAAACAACCAUAUACAACAAAGAUGUCCGUGAACAAAGUGAAAUGAGUAAUAAUGUGAAAUAACACAGAAAAUUAAGAAAACACAGGGGAUGAAUGUGCUCAAGGCCACGUCAAGACACCAGCUGAAAUCUAUCAGUAAUUACAAAGCCUUCAGAAGUCUGCCCCUAGUGUUGCAUAGAAGAAUGGGUGAAAGUGUCACCUGGGUAAGGCAUGCGUCUGGUUUUCGUCCCCGAUGUUAAAAUACCUCCCAACUGUUGACAUUGUUGUCAUACUUAAAUAAACUACCUAUAUGGGUAACAAGACACUGAAUUGUAGUAGAAAACACACACAACACUGGCUGACUGAAAAGCUGGAGUCUAACGUCGCUGGAUCGGCAUAUAUUGGACAUCCCUAGUCUCCUGUACUUUACUCUACUUUUUUAUUAUUAUUAUUAUUUGCAUGUAUUAUUUUAAUCAGGUUGCAACUGACAUCUGGUGAAAAUUCAAGCAAAUAGCACCUUUUAAAAUGAUUUAUCGAGAAAAUUGAACACCCAUUUAUUACAUAUUCAGUAUGUGUUAUUGUGAGCCUUCUGUCACUCGGUGAAUGUAUGAAUGUUUCUUAGGAUCUUUUUAGGUAAGAUCAUUAAGGAGAGAAACAAAUAAUACACACAAUCACUCUUAAAAAAAAUACAGCACUAACAUUCCUGUACUGACACUCUACUACUACUUUACAUCAUCAAGCACUUGUAAGAUGAGCUGUAGCUUAAAGGUAUCAUUAUACUCAAUGACUGUCCUUUUCUCAGUGUACACGUAGAAGACAUAUUGAUUUAUUUUAUAUAGAGACAUUCAAGUCAGUUACAUAUGACAGUUAAAAUAAGCCCAAUUUCAGCCUGUUGUCAAUGGCCAAACAGCAGUUAUCAUGCUAGCUGUCAACAUGUUAGCCUGUGGGAACAAUAAUAUAUUAAGCUUCACUGUUAUGAUAUAUCUGGUAAAUAUGAAAUUUAUAGUUACACCAAAAAAAGAAAAAAUGAAGCUCCUGCUAUUGCUUUGUGGAUAUGUUAUUUUAAAAAAACAAACUCUGUUUGAGCUCAGAAAAUGCUAACAAAGCUAGCCCAGUUAUGCUUUAUUACUUUCACUAUUGUACUUCCAAGAAC